GCUCCGCCGGGCUUCAAAUUGGACAUUUCCGCAUCUCGGUCCGUCCUCUCGUCUGAUCCCUCCACACGAAGGGAGCCUUGCGUUUUGUGCUUCGGAACCGAGACGUCGCCUUCGCCAUGGUUGAGCAGUUUGUCGGAACCUGGAAGCUGACGGCCAGCGAGAACUUUGAUGAAUACAUGAAGGCAAUUGGUGUGGGCUUCGCCACCCGGCAGGUGGGCAACAUGGCAAAGCCCAACCUCGUGAUCAGCGUGGAUGACGCUGGCCUCAUCUCGAUGAGGUCCGAGAGCACUUUCAAGACCAAAGAAAUCAAGUUCAAGCUGAACGAGGAAUUUGACGAGAUGACGGCGGACGACCGACAGACCAAGACCGUCAUCACUUUUGAGAAUGGCAAACUAGUGCAGAAGCAGACGUGGGACGGCAAAUCUACAACUCUGGAACGAGAGAUUCAAGAUGGCAAACUAACUGCUAAAUGCAUCAUGGGUGAUGUUGUUGCGCUGAGGAUUUAUGAGAAGGGGGCUUAAGUCCUGUCUUUCAUCAGUGAAUAAACUACAAGACAUUUUGCAUAAAAGAAUUCCAAUAAAAUCUAUAAAAGUGUC